UUCCAAGAGAAUGAUGGAAACACAGCAAUGAGGUAUGUCUACAAGGACCUCCAAGUAAGACACAUUCCCCACACCACCCAAUGCACCAACAGAAAAGUGAGAUGGCAUAAUGAAGAUCUUAUGCAUAUUACUGUGCAUGUGUGGAGAAAUAGAAAACCUCCAAAGAGAGAUAUGGAGGAUAAUAAUCAUGAUAAAAGCUCCAGAAGCUGGUUCAAGAUCACAGUUCCUUGUGGGAGAAAAUAUGACAAAGAUUGGCUACUGAAUUCCAUCCAGAACCAUUGCAGUGUUCCCAUCAAGCCAGUUGACUUCCACUAUGUAAAAAUGCAGGCCCAGUUCUUUGUCCAGGAUUAUUGUACUGCCUCUGCUUUGAAGAAUGCCAGUUAUAAGAUUCGAGGUGAACAGAACCAAAAGAUACGCAUUUUGGUCAAUCAUUCUACAGAACCCCAUUCCGUGCAGAAUAAGUUGAGUCCAGAACAAAUGGAACAACUAAAGCUGACUGUGAACAAACGAUAUGAUGUCUUCCAGAAAGCUCUUGACCUCCAGAGCCUGCGCUUUGACCCAAACUUGGUAAACCAUGAUAUUGACAUGAUCCUGAAUCGAAGAAGCUGCAUGACAGUCACACUGAAGAUCAUCGAAGAGAAUUUCCCUGAGCUGUUGUCCUUGAACUUGUGUAGCAACAAACUGUACCAGCUGAAUGGCCUGUCUGACAUUAUACAUAAAGCCCCCAAAGUCAAGAUCCUGAACCUCUCCAAAAAUAAGCUGAAGUCAGUGUGGGAGUUGGACAAGAUCAAAGGGAUGAAGCUUGACGAGCUGUGGCUGGAAGGAAACCCAUUGUGUAACAACUUCUCAGAUCAUUCCACCUAUGUGAGUGCCAUCCGAAAUAGUUUCCCCAAGUUGCUAUGCCUGGAUGGCCAGCAUCUACCCCAGUCACUUAAUGUUGAAAUGAAAACCCCAGAUAUAAUGAAGCCCUGUAAGGAAAGCUAUAAAGGAUCGGAGCACCUGAAAAAUCUACUCAUGAAUUUCCUGCAAAAGUAUUACUGGACCUAUGACUUUGGUGACCGUCAGGAUCUUGUCUUUGCUUACCACGAUGAGGCCUGCUUCUCACUUGCCAUUCCCUUUAUCCCUGAGGAUCCAGUUCCAAGCAGCUUGAGCAAGUACUCCAAGGGUAGCAGGAAUCUAAAGAAAUGCAAGGACCCUGUACUGCGGAUUCAGUUUCUGAAACACACGAAACAUGAUAUUGUUGACUUCCUCAGUGUAUUACCCAAAACCCGGCAUGACCUCAACUCCUUCUUGGUGGACGUGUGUCUCCAGACGGAAAAGAUGCUCUGCUUUUCUGUUAGUGGACUGUUCAGUGAGGUUGAAGGAGUACAUCAGCCUCAUGUCUGUACCUUCACCCAGACCUUCAUUGCUAUUCCUGCCAACAAUUCCAGCUUGUGUAUUGUGAACGAACAACUAUCUGUGAAUGAUGGCGGCCCCAAUAAGACCCAGAAUUCCUCCACCCCAGUGCCCACAUCCUUGUCCAGCUCUAAACCAACCCUCUCCGAGGAGCAGGAAAAUAUGGUGCAAGCAUUCGCCAUCCAGUCUGGGAUGAAACGUGAAUGGUCUCUGAAAUGUCUUGAGGACAAUGAGUGGAAUUAUACCAUCGCUGGACAGGUCUUCACUAUUCUCAAGGCUGAGGGCACAAUCCCAGAAGAGGCCUUCAAACAAAGCCCCUAA